CUUCACUGAGUGCAGAUGAGGAGUAGGAGGAUGGCGAGGAAGAGGCGCGACGCAAUUGAUCCGUGAUGAUAAGCUUCAAUCCGCCAACCAGUCGAUCCAUCCAUGCAGUUUGAGGUGGGAGACACUCGGUACUCGCGUGCGUGAUGCUGCUUGCGGACGGCGAGACGGGCACGCGAGCAGGUGGUCCAGAGCAUCGUCCUCUCCGAGCAAACUGGCCCAGCUGAAGUGUUUCAUCUGGGAAGGUGGAAUCGCACUGCACAGUGUGGACGGAACCUUCUGGAUGAUUGCCAAAAAGGAAGUUGGACAAAACUCAGGUAAGAGUGUUUGCUUGGACUGAAAGAGUGUCCUCGAGGCAGGAAGGAGGCUAAGUCACAUGGGACACCCAAGCAAUGGAGGUCAAAGGUCAAUUAAUCUCAGCACCUGCACCUCUCACAUGUUGGGACAGAAAGCAGAGGGAGCACAUGCUGGAGCUACAAGAGAGGAGGCGGAGCCUGCAGUCACUGCUCAGUGCACGACUGGCUGAGCUGAGGCGUGUCUGUCUACAGGAGGCGGAGCUAACGGGUUCACUCCCCAGUGACUUCCCUCUGGCGGCAGGGGAGAAACUCCCCCAUGUGAGGCGAAGAGGUGGCACGUCCCGACAGGCAAACAGGAAGUACAAAGUAGAGGAAGAAGAUGGUGCACGUGUGAAGACUAAAAAAACCUUAUUCAGUGGUACACGGAGAAAACACAACGACCGAGAACACAACACUCACGCACAACAUGGCAAGACGACUGUGCACAGAGGAUGCCACACCGACGACACCGUAAGAUGGGAGAGCAGCUCUACAUCUGACUCUACUGGAAAUGAUAACGAAGAGCUUGUGCCUCAGAGUCGCCCUCUCUUGGUUGCUGCCGGUUCUCCAGUUGAGGGUUACUAUCACAACAAAACUAGGACGAGUUCAGUGUGUAACAGGUCUGAGCUUCCUGAGGGUAUUCAGAACCAUCGGCCUUCUGCUCAACCUCGCUCCCAUGUAAGCUCACCGUCCGCGCGGCCUUCAGAGUCCACGGCCUCGGCUGAGACCAAAGCGUCAGUGACAGCUCGUCCGAAUAACACCUCUGAGGAGCUGCCCGAGUAUGCGGCUUCGCCUGAGAAGGAUCAGCAGGACAGGUCACGAGUAAGCAGCGUCACUGGGUCCCAGGCAGCAAACUCGAGGCCAACUGUGGGGCGCGGGCGUGGCUACGGCGACCUUUUGCUGGACUAUGUGUUAAGCAAACAGCGCCAGCAGUCUCAGCCCAUCACUUCCCAGCAUCCUUCAGGAGCUCCACCCACUUACCAGGUUCACAUGGGUGAGCAGCGACGCGUCAAAGUGACCCGCACCAAAUCUUGCGGCCCCUUCCUGCCCGUGCCACAAAUCCAGCCAGACCCUCACCCCCACCUCGUGCCCCCGCAUCUGUCCAGCCCCCAGGAUGCACAUCUAGAGGGCGCUACCAGGAGUCUCCACAAAGCCCUCGCCCUGGAAGGUCUUAGGGAUUGGUACCUGAGGAACACCACAGGAUCCUCCCAAACUAAUCAGAGCAGUGGGAAGGUUAAAGGUCAAAUGGGAGGAGCUUUUCAGCGUAGACGGACGACUCACAGUGCCAAACACUCUCUCUCUCACUCCAUCACCUUCCAUGGUCACCCGUUACACGGCAGGUCUGCGGACGGCUCGCUCUAUCUUGACUCCGCCCCUUCACACAAGCAGUCUUUGCACAGUAAGAGAUGUCCACGAAGCCCACUGCCUCGUCAUUGCCACGCAACUGAGGUGAAUUCUUCAGAAAGGGAUGAAUCAGAUCAAGAAAUGAUUCCUUUCACUAUGUUCACCUUAAAAAUUUGUUUGUUUGAACGCGUCACUUGCAAAUAACACAACACUUAUUGAGCCCAGUCUAUCUUUCCCCCAACACACACGCACACUCAGACAAAAAAAAAUGCAAAAUGAUUGGUAUACAAAUGCGCAGUGACACUUGAUUCUGGGGCACGUUGAGUACUUUCAGUGUGCACCACUUACUGUUUGUGCACCCCUGCUAAAACCAGGAAACAUGAACUUUUUAUUCCAGCAAUAAGAUGUCAAGUGAGAACAUCUUCCAAUCGACCGCUGUGACAAUCACAUUUUCAAAAGAUAAAUUGAUCCAGUGAAUGUUGACAUCAGGUGUAAUGAUUGUGUAUAGAUUUCACUUGUAAUAUCAGGUCUGUCUUUUUUGGCGAGUUGCUUCCUUGAUGCAUUCAGGCGUCCUUAGUGUUUUUGAAUCUUUUUUUUCUGUUCUAAUUACCAACAUGGAAUGUCUAAGCCUUGCCCACCUGCAAUCCUUCAUUGUUUGUUAAGGACUGACAACAUGGUGCAGGUGGAUGAACCAGCAAGGCCUUCUCUGCUGAACUCGAUGCUAUCAGAAAGACUGAUCUACAAUUACAACCAAAAUCUUAAUUCUUUCAUAUAAUUGUGUUAAUUUAUUCUCAAAUGUUUGUCCUCUUUACUAGUUUUUCUUUUGUCCACACUGCUUCCAGCACAUGUACAGUAUACUAUAAGGAUGUUAGCUGUCAGACUUUGGCAAUGACACGGUGCCACGUCAAUGUAAUCUGCCCAUGGCCUUCACAAUCAGAAAUGCUGGCUGUUGUACCUUCAACUAUACAGUGGUACCUCGACACACGAUCAUUUCGACAUCCGACGAAAUAUUUCACCCGCCAUUUGUGUCUACAUCCGACGAAAUUGCUUGAAAUACGAUGAUUCACGACAGUGUCACAAUUUCAUUGUUUUCCCGCAAGACGGACGCACGGCGGAUUUUCUUGCGAGAGAAAUCAACAUGGGUGCCAAGGAUGUUAAAGCAGGUGGCGAAAAAAGAAAAAAGACGAGGCUUACCAUUGAAAUGAAGAUGGAAAAUAUGAAAAAUAUGAGCGUGGUGUGCCCGUCCGUGAACUGCUUGACAAUGCGGCCGUAGAUCUUGACUGUCCUCCGACUUUCGUUCACCAGUCUUCAUAAGUUAAGGUGACACUUAUGAUGACUGUAACAUCGCCAAAAAUUCGCCAGCUUUACUGGGUUUUUAAUAAUUUUUUUCAAAACUUUUGCAAUACAACAUGCCUACUGUCUGCACAGCUGAACAAAGUGAAAGUAAAAAAUCCUCUCUCACUCUGGCACGUCAGCCACGCGGUGCAUUCAGGUACGCCACGCAAAACACAUCCGCCACAUUAGAACCCGAUUCCAUACAUUCUUACAGGUAUUAUUAUUAUUACUAUUAUUAUGAUUUUUAUUCUUAAUUCAUUUGUUUUGCUCUGUGUAAUUGCCAUUUGCAAUAGUACCAGCAGUGUUUAGUAAGGAUUUAGUGCAGGUUUUUGGGCUGUGGAAUGAAUUAAUGGAAUUAUGUUUUCUUAUGGAAAAAUCCUGCUCAACAUACGACCAUUUCGAUUUACAAACAAGGUCCUGGAACGAAUUAACUUCGUAUGUACAGGUACCACUGUAUAAGAAAUCGAACCGUUUCCUUAACUGAUCUAAUUUAAAAUUGCCCGAAAAUAGCGUUACCUGUUUCCCAUCCUGUUUCGUUGAUCAGGCCAAGCCAAUUUUCACGAACAAAACAUGUCGGUAUGUUGUCAGUAUGAUGGAUUCUAUUUAUCUGUCAAUGUUUUUUUGUCAUGUUAUUAGAUGAAUACUGAUUGUUAUCUGCUCCAGAUGAUAAAACAUGUUUGUACUUUUUUUCUGGAUUAUUGAUGGUUUCUAAAAUUGCUAUGUAAUAAUGACAUUGGCCCAAUCUCCACUUUCAGGUCUCUAGAUACCAAAUGCACGAUCUGCCAAUGUAAUUUUAUGACUAAUCACUGUGACUUAAUGAGAUGUCGUGCGGCCGCAGCCAGACAGCACUUGUUCUAAUGCUUUGCUCAAGUUGACAGAUAUUUUUUUCUUUCUCAGCGAACUAAUCAUCUGUGUCCAAAAGGACCAAACAGGAUUGGUGACAUCAUGGCCUUGGCUGCCUUGAUGGUGAAGUGUUCAGGUGUACUCUGUACAGUUUGAAAACAAAACAUUUAAAAAAAAAAAAAACACCACUUUUUCUAUCUUUUUGGAAUCAUUUGUACUUUUUCAAGAAUGACUGUCAUUUAAUGAAAACACAUUUUCAUGUGAUCAAAUGUUACAUUUAAAAAUAAACCUUUUACUCUUU